CGAAAGAGAAAAAAAACAGAAAAGGAAUAUUACCCGCAUAUCUCUCUGCCGGCCACUUGUUUGGCACGGAGCGUAUUAUGCAGUUUCAAUUUGUCAAAGUCCAUUUCCUGUUAUCCCGGAGCCAUACCACUCCUCCUCCCACUCCAGAUCUCCAUUCCGGAACCGCAACGCGCCUCCGCCACCGUCUCACACGCGCCUCUUCUCCUGGAGUCCUCCAUCCAUCUCGCCCCGCUGCACUUUGUUGUUCGUCCUCCGUUGUAGACAUGGAUGCAUCUGGAGGUCAGGGUGUCUACCCUCUGCACCGUUGCAAAACAAUACACCUGGUGAGGCAUGCUCAGGGAUUUCACAAUGUAGAAGGAGAAAAGGACCGUGCUGCAUACCUCUCUCCACACCUCUUUGAUGCAAACCUAACCCCUCUUGGCUGGGAGCAGGCGGAUAAUCUACGCAAACAUGUUCACUCAUCUGGUCUUUUUAAGAAGGUGGAAUUGGUUGUCACUUCACCUUUAUUGAGGACUAUGCAAACAGCAGUUGGCGUCUUUGGGGGAGAAGACCAUGCAGAUGGAAUUCAAGAUCCUCCACUGAUGGUGGCAAAUGCUGGGAGCAGUAGCCGGCCUGCAAUUUUAAGUCUAAGAUGCCCACCUUUCUUGGCGAUGGAAUUGUGUCGAGAACACAUAGGGGUUCAUUGGUGUGAUAAAAGAAGAAGCAUCAGUGAGUAUAAGCCUUCAUUUCCAGCAAUUGAUUUCUCAUUGAUUGAAGAUGAUGAUGACACAUUGUGGAAGGAGGACAUUAGGGAGACAAACGAAGAAGUUGCUAAGAGGGGGUCAAACUUUUUAAAGUGGCUGUGGACGCGAAAGGAGAAGGAAAUUGCAGUGGUUACUCACAGUGGAUUCUUGAUUCAUACCCUGAGUGAAUUUGGAAAUGACUGCCAUCCAAAUGUGAAGAGUGAAAUUUGCAGACCAUUUAAGAAUUGUGAACUUCGGUCAAUAGUUAUUGCCGACAGAGGUAUGAUUGGAUCGGAUCUUCCCACAACGGAUUAUCCCGGGAAAAUUCCUAGCGGUUCAGACUUCCCAAGCGAUGAUGCUUCCAAUGGCAUGCCUUGAACUACUUCAACUUUGAAGCGCAGCAAAUUGUUGUUGCAGCAUUUUUUUACAGUGUAUUACUAUAGUAUCUUGUAUGUUUAUUUACCUGACCAUGAAUAAUGAUUUGUAUCAGUAACUCUGUUAAUUUACUAUAGUCUGGCGGGCAUGCUGCACAACUCUAUCUCAUUUUAUUUUGUCCAAAGUCAAAUUUUCUAACAUUUGAUGCCAUAAAAGUUACUCCGUAAUAGAACUGGGCUACAUAUACUCCGUAUAUGAUGGAUUGAGGCGUUGUUGUGUUAAUAUGUCUUGAUUCUGUAUUGUUUGACGGUAUGCUAUGUUGUAUUGGGCUCUAAUUGUUGU